AUAAUGGUGCAAGAAAGACAACCCCAAGGGAAAGGAGUCUGCUGGACCCUGAGACUCUGGUCAGUUGCUGUGAUUUCCAUCUUACUCCUCAGCACCUGUUUCAUUGCCACUUGUGUGGUGACCUACCAGUUUACGAUGGACAAGCCCAGUAGAAGACUGUCUGAACUUCACACAUACCACUCAAGUCUCAGCUGCUUCAGUGAAGGAACCAUGGUGUCAGAAAAAAUGUGGGGAUGCUGCCCAAGUCACUGGAAGUCCUUUGGUUCCAGCUGCUACCUCAUUUCUACCAAGGAGAACUUCUGGAGCAUCAGUGAACAGGAGUGUGCUGGGAUGGGGGCUCAUUUGGUGGUGAUCAACACUGAAGCCGAACAGACUUUCAUCACCCAACAGCUGAAUGAGUCUCUUUCUUAUUUCCUGGGACUUUCAGAUCCACAAGGUAACGGCAAAUGGCAAUGGAUCGACAAUACUCCUUUCAAUCAAAAUGUCAGGUUCUGGCACCCAAAUGAGCCCAAUUUCCCCGCAGAGCGAUGUGCCUCAAUAGUUUUCUGGAAUCCUUCGAAAUGGGGCUGGAAUGAUGUUUUCUGUGAUAGUAAGCGGUACUCAAUAUGUGAAAUGAAGAAGAUUCACCUCUGA